CGCUCAGGGAGCUCCCGGACCCUGGGUUUCCCGCGGCCGGGCGCGGAGGGGGCGGAGCUUCGGAGGGGAAGCUCCUCCCAGGCGCCAGGGCGCGGCGGCUAGAGCCAAUCAGCGCGCGUGACGUCAGUUUGGCGCGGAGUUUGGCGGCCGGGGCUUACAGUGGCGGGAGUUGGGAGGCGAGAGCGGUGGCGUUGUUGGAGAGUGCGAGCUGCGGCUCGUGUGGCACUUUGGGGGCGAUCUUCUCGGCGUUUCCUUCAGCGGAAGCCUUCUCCUCGGGCCCAGAUGCUCUUCAACUCGGUGCUCCGCCAGCCCCAGCUCGGCGUCCUGAGGAACGGAAUUAUCUUGUUCUAGGGUGGUCUUCACAUUACCCUCUACAAUCCCUUCUAAGUGGUUAUCAGUGCAACUGUAAUGAUGAGCACACAUCUUACGGAGAAACAGGAGUCCCUGUUCCUCCUUUUGGAUGCACUUUCUGUACAGCUCCCACUAUGGAGCAUAUAUUAGCAGUUGCCAAUGAAGAAGGCUUCGUCAGAUUGUAUAACACAGAAUCGCAAACCAGCAGAAAGACAUGCUUCAAGGAGUGGAUGGCUCACUGGAAUGCUGUCUUUGACCUGGCCUGGGUCCCCGGUGAACUUAAACUUGUUACAGCAGCAGGUGAUCAAACAGCCAAAUUUUGGGAUGUAAAAGCUGGUGAGCUAAUGGGAACUUGCAAAGGCCAUCAGUGCAGCCUCAAGUCUGUAGCUUUUUCCAAGUUUCAGAAAGCUGUAUUCUGUACAGGUGGGAGAGAUGGCAACAUUAUGAUCUGGGAUACCAGGUGCAACAAAAAAGAUGGGUUUUAUAGACAAGUGAAUCAGAUCAGUGGCGCUCACAACACUGCAGACAAGCAGACCCCUUCAAAACCCAAGAAGAAACAAAAUUCAAAAGGACUUGCUCCUUCUGUGGAUUCCCAGCAGAGUGUUACUGUGGUCCUGUUUCAGGAUGAGAGCACGUUGGUCUCAGCAGGAGCCGUGGAUGGGAUAAUCAAGGUAUGGGAUUUACGAAAAAAUUAUACUGCUUAUCGACAAGAACCCAUAGCAUCCAAAUCUUUCCUGUACCCAGGCACCAGCACUCGGAAACUAGGGUAUUCAAGUUUGGUUUUAGAUUCUACUGGCUCUACUUUAUUUGCGAACUGCACAGAUGAUAACAUCUAUAUGUUCAAUAUGACUGGCUUAAAGACUUCUCCAGUGGCUGUCUUCAAUGGACACCAGAACUCUACCUUUUAUGUAAAAUCAAGUCUUAGCCCAGAUGACCAGUUUUUAAUCAGUGGUUCAAGUGAUGAAGCUGCCUACAUUUGGAAGGUUUCCAUGCCCUGGCAUCCUCCUACCGUGCUCCUGGGUCAUUCUCAAGAGGUCACGUCUGUGUGCUGGUGUCCAUCGGACUUCACCAAGAUUGCUACUUGCUCUGAUGAUAAUACACUAAAAAUCUGGCGCUUGAAUAGAGGUCUAGAGGAGAAGCCGGGAAGCGAUAAACAUUCCAUAGUAGGUUGGACCUCUCAGAAGAAAAAAGAGGCAAAAUCUGGCCUAGUAAUGGUAGCAAGUAGCCAGACUACUCCUGCCAAAGCCCCCAGAGCCAAGAGCAGUCCAUCCAUUUCCUCUCCAUCAUCAGCAGCUUGUACUCCAAGCUGUUCUGGAGACCUCCCUCUUCCUUCAAAUACCCCCACGCUCUCAGUCAAAUCCACUCCUGCCAAGACCCGGUCUCCAGUUGGCAGAAGAGGCCCCACCUCAUCUGUGUCUCCUAAGCCACUCUCGUCCUUCAAGAUGUCUCUUAGAAACUGGGUAACCCGAACACCUUCCUCAUCACCACCCGUGACUCCACCUGCUUCUGAGACAAAGGGCUCGUCUCCAAGAAAAGCCCUCAUUCCUGUGAGCCAGAAGUCAUCACAAGCAGAUGCUUCCUCUGAAUCUAGAAAUAGAGUGAAGAGGCGUCUAGAUUCAAGCUGUCUGGAGAGUGUGAAGCAAAAGUGUGUGAAGAGUUGUAACUGUGUCACUGAGCUUGAUGGCCAAGUGGAGAGUCUUCACUUGGAUCUGUGCUGCCUUGCCAGCAACCAGGAAACCCUUAGCAAGGACUCUACAGGUCCUACCAAAUCAAGUGAGGUUGAAGGCACUGGUGCAGGCAUCUUGGAGCCUCCUUCUCCUGUUGGUCCUUACACUUCAGAAGGCUGUGGAACCUUGCCUCUUCCUUUACAGCCUUGUGGAGAAGGGUCUGAGAUGGUGGGCAAAGAGAAUAGCUCCCCAGAAAAUAAGAACUGGUUGUUGGCCAUGGCAGCCAAACGGAAGGCUGAAAUUUCAUCACCGCGAAGUCCAUCAUCCCAGACACCCAGUUCCAGGAGACAGAGUGGAAAGACAUCACCAGGCCCGGUCACCAUUACUCCCAGCUCCAUGAGGAAGAUCUGUACAUACUUUCGUAGAAAGUCUCAAGAUGACUUCUGUAGUCCUGAACAUUCGACUGAAUUAUAGAUUCUAAUCAGAAAGCUCGCUGAACUUGGGUCUGCGAAGAUGGGCAGAAAGUGACUUUAUAAGUCUGGUCUUUAAGAAAAUGAUCAUCUUUUCAUUUUGGAAAAUAGCAGACCUAGUCAGAUGACACUGUGUAGGGUACACCUUCCUGGGGUGGAUGCUGUUUCCAUUUCAUGUGAUGGUUUGUCAUCUGUAGUCUUUUCUAGCAGUCUGUGAUAAUGACACCCUGCUCAUAGAAGCAGAAAGCAAGGCGUGCCUCUUGUUAUCCUAAACUUGUGCAUAGUGAAGAGUGUCUGUGAGUCCAGCACAGGACCUGUCUGUGGAGGUUUGUCUGCAGUCUGAAGACAUCCUCUUCAGUGAGUGAGCAGGUUCUUAUGUGAAAUAUAUAAUCUGUUCACUAUG